AAGCGAGAUUCCAAACGCAGUAGCGCAAAUAAGUAUGAGUGCUAGCUAGCUGUAGUAGUGUGCUUGCGACACUAAAUCCGAACAAUUUAGAACCUUUGUUGUUAAAAUACUGUAGUCUUUGUAAGUGAUUACAUCGAAGGAUUGUCAAAAUGAGUUUACUCGCUAAAAUAGCAGAGAUAGAGAACGAGAUGGCUCGUACACAGAAGAACAAGGCCACAGCUCACCACUUGGGGUUGCUGAAAGCCCGUCUGGCCAAGCUGAGGAGAGAGCUCAUCACACCAAAGGGAGGCAGUGGAGGAGGCCCAGGGGAAGGUUUCGAUGUGGCAAAAACUGGAGAUGCCCGUAUCGGGUUUGUGGGGUUCCCCUCAGUAGGCAAGUCCACUCUGCUCAGUAACCUGGCUGGCGUUUACUCAGAAGUUGCUGCAUACGAGUUCACCACCCUCACUACCGUACCAGGAGUGAUCCGCUACAAAGGUGCAAAGAUCCAGCUCCUGGAUCUCCCAGGAAUCAUUGAAGGGGCCAAGGACGGCAAAGGAAGGGGAAGGCAGGUCAUUGCUGUGGCCCGGACCUGCAACCUGAUUCUCAUCGUGCUGGAUGUCCUCAAACCUCUGGGCCAUAAGAAACUGAUAGAGCAUGAGCUGGAGGGCUUUGGCAUCCGCCUCAACAAGCAGCCACCCAAUAUCGGCUUCAAGAAGAAGGACAAAGGGGGCAUCAACUUUACUGCCACAUGUGCCCAGAGUGAGCUGGAUGCAGACACUGUGAAGAGCAUCCUCGCAGAGUACAAGAUCCACAAUGCCGACAUCACCCUGCGUAGUGAUUCCACUGCCGACGACCUCAUUGAUGUAGUGGAGGGUAACAGGGUGUACAUCCCAUGCAUUUAUGUACUCAACAAAAUCGACCAGAUCUCCAUAGAGGAACUAGACAUCAUCUACAAGGUGCCUCACUGUGUGCCUAUCUCAGCCCACCAUCGCUGGAACUUUGACGACUUGCUGGAGAAGAUCUGGGACUAUCUGCAGUUAGUGCGAAUAUACACCAAACCCAAAGGCCAGCUUCCAGACUACACAUCCCCAGUGGUACUUCCUGAUAGUCACACCGCUGUGGAAGACUUUUGCCUAAAGAUCCACAAAAACCUAAUCAAAGAGUUCAAAUACGCACUAGUAUGGGGCGCCUCUGUGAAACACAACCCCCAGAAGGUGGGCAAAGACCAUGUCAUGGUGGACGAGGAUGUUAUCCAGCUGGUGAAAAAGUAAUAGGAAGACCCCACCCAUUUAUUGCAUGGACCUGUUCAUCACAAAGACAUGUCUAUUAUUAAUCAACCCCCCCUCUCCCAAACACACACACACACACACACACAUUUUACCAUAAGAAUGUGGUAUGCGCUUCCUAAUUAUAUGGGGACAUUUUGAACAGAAGACGGAAUUAAUAUCAAUGUCAGUGUUGCAUACAAAAGUGCCAUCCGAGGUUCAUGACAUCCAUAGAAGAACCUUAUAGUGGAUAUCACAAAAUAAAUACCUACUAUAAACAUUUAA